CUCGAAACAAGAUACAAAACGUCGAACUGAACGCCACCCGAUAAUGAGAAUUAGAGGCGUGGUAGCACGCCGUAUCAUUCGACCUUCGACCUCUGUCGUCAUCCCUUUUUCUGUCUCCCGUUUGCUUCCUGAAGAUUCCCUUGUUGAAAACCAACCGGUCCCUCGAGCAGUCGGGUCACAGACGUUCCGAGAGCACACCGGCAACGAGCCGGGUUAAACGUUCGCGUGCAAACAACUUCGGUUCUACAACGACAGGCGAAGCAAAGUGACGAGGCUGAAGCGAAUCGAUUGACGAUCAGUCGACGACCGAUUGGCCUUGGUAUUUGGCGGUAGUUCCUGAUGCUACACGACGAAAAAAACGAUCUCCAACGCUCGAACUAUCGAGGCAGAGGGUAGUGAAAGAUAGACGAAAGGUGUCGUCGAUCGAGGGAACCCUAGGAAAUUGGAAAAGAAAGGUCACUACGAUGAUGGCCCAAUUCACCAAGAGGCAGUGGCUCACGCUGAUCGUCAUCAGCCUUGCCGAUUUUGCUAACGCGAUCUGUGUGUCGCUACAGGCGCCGUUCUAUCCGCAGGAGUUACACCGAAUCGGGCCAAAACUAUUGUUCAACGGUGGCAUCAUGACGACAGGGACGUGCGCCAUCUUCUUCGGUCUGCUCGACAGAGUGAACGGCCAUUAUCCCUUCAUAGUGCUUUCGUUCGUGAUUAGAAUCGUCGAGGCUAUGGGGAACGCGGCGUUUCUCACUGCCAGCUUCGCCAUUAUCGCCAAAGAAUUCCCGGAUAACGUGGCUAUCACCUUCGCUAGUUUGGAGACAUUUUUUGGUCUGGGCCUCAUUGUUGGCCCCACGGUGGGCGGUGCGCUUUAUCAGGUUGGCGGAUACAUAACACCAUUCGUUGUCCUAGGAUCAGCUCUCUUCAUAACUGCAGUUAUAACCAUUUUUAUCUUACCAGUUCACCCUAACAAUAACGAAGCAGCUCACAAUACAGUAGGCGUGACGAAAGCUCUGAGAAUCCCAGGCGUACUGAUCGCCACGUCGUCUAUAAUCGCAACCAGCAUGAGCAUAGGAUUUUUGCAAGCUACCUUGGAACCACACUUAAGGCAAUUCAAACUGAGCCCGAUCGUUCUGGGGUUAAUGUUCGUCAUUAACGGUGGAACUUACGCCGUUACCGCUCCUGCGUGGGGUUGGCUCUGCGACAAGCAUUCACAUCCAAAAGUGGCCACGGUAGCCGGAUGUAUACUCGUGGUCGUAGGAUUUUGUUUAGUGGGCCCAGCACCUUUCAUACCGUGUUCAACCACGCUGUGGAUGACAGUCUGUGGUCUGGUGGUUCACGGUUUAGGUAUGGCUGCACAGCUGGUUGCCAGUUUCACGGAUGCCUUGAGAACGUCGAUACAAUACGGAUUUUCAAACAACCUGGAGACGUAUGGGCUAAUAAGCGGACUAUGGACCAGCACGUUUGCACUUGGAGCCUUCAUUGGACCCAGUGUCGCAGGAAUUUUACUAGACAAUAUUGGAUUUAGAAACGCUACUAUGUUUAUCGUGCUUCUUCACAUGCUCGUGGGCGUGAUGGCGGCAGUGUUUCUGAGCAGUUGCACGCGAAGACACAAACCGUAUACGGAGAUCGGGCCGACGGAAGACCUAAGGGUACCGUUGACAGACAGCGGCCGCUCGCGAAGCGGAAGUCUUCGACACGCUCGCGGUCAGGGCGUGCCGAUCGACAGGCCCAGCGGCAUGAAUUCCCUGAUCGUGUGCAACAGUUAUUCGAACAGGGCCGGUGCUUGGUCCCGCGCGUCGUACAGCGGUCGUUAUUCCCAUAGUUACGGUUCGAUCGAGACGAAAAGGUACCUAGAAAUGACCACGUGAUGGCCACUGUUAUCCACAUGGGCACACGAACGGCGACAAAUUCUCGAACAGGCUCGUGCCCGACAGUAUUGUCAUGUUUCGCGAACCUACGGUUGCUCGUGAAAGUAUUCGUAACGUUUGUUUGAAUCUCGAAUGAAUAGAUCAAGUGUGUUAUAUGAGAUGUUCUAAUGUUUUAUUGAUAUUAUAGUGAAACAUCAUUGUUAUGAUUCUGACUACAUCGGUCAAGUUUAA